AUGUUGUGUCGCAGAUUACAAGAUUUAACCUAUUAGCAUGGAGCAAAACAAUUUCGGAAAAAGUAUAAAAUAUUAGAGGAGCUCGGUCGUGGUGGUUUUGGUAUUGUUUACAAAGCAGAGCGAAAUGAUGAUAAUGCUUCAGUUGCGGUCAAAUUCGUUGAGCAUAGACGAGUUCGAGAAUGGACUAUGAAAUGUAAGCAAUUAAUUCCAACAGAAAUCUGCUUGUUGGAUAUAUGUCGCGGUGUACCGGGCGUUGUUCAAUUAAUUGAUUGUUCGAAAGGAUUUUUAAUAGUAAUGGAACGACCGCAGCAAUGUUUGGAUCUAUUCGAUUUAAUUUCAAUUUAUGGUUAUUUGAAUGAAGAUAUUGCACGAUCGAUAUUUAUACAGAUAUUGAAUACAACUCAUUUAUUAUAUAGCACAUAUGGUAUCUUUCAUCGUGAUAUUAAGGAUGAGAAUAUAAUUAUUAACAUGCGAACGGGAGAAGCUAUCUUGGUGGAUUUCGGCGCUGCAGCAUUCAUUUCUGAGGCAUGCAUCAAAGAAUUUCAAGGUUUAUUAUGCAAUUUUGAAUAUUAA